GUUCUGGUGCUUUGAACCCAUUGCUUUCCGGGGCGGAAGAUGAAUUUCGCUUUCGAGAUCCGUCCCGCUUGUGGGUGCCCCAUUUCGAUGCUUUCGCAAAACGGAGAAUUAUGAUGCUUUCGCAGGCCGCACUUGUCAGUGAUCAAAGCGUCUGCUAAACGAUACAACCUUGAGUUCUUUCUUUGAUUUGCUGUUGUUAUCGGGCUUUGUGGGGGAAGAGCUGGACUUUUGUGGGGAAAGGUUAUCCUUGAUUUGGAACUUUUCCAGAUGUUGGUCAAGAAAGUGUGGUAGCACAAGAGAGAUUUUGAACUUAAGAGCAGCCAUUGGCGGCAAAUUUCCCUAAUUUGCUGAAGUAGUUGGCUCAGGUUUGGGCCUUCAAUUUGUGUUCUUCUCCUGAGUUUUCCUUCUGCAUGCAUGCAUGCCUCGCAGCAUGAUUAAGCAAUUUUUGAGUCGGUUCCCUCGAAAGCAGUCCAAGUCGGGUGAUAAACGGGAUUUGCCUGCUGGAGCGAGUCCGCCAUCAUCAACUUCUUCAACCAGUUCAAAAGGUGGGGACUUGCCAAGCAGCAGGAUCACGAUUCUCCCUCCUGGUUCGGACCCUGGGUUAAAUCAUCUAACCAAGUAUGUUCCUGCUGUUAAGUCAAAGCAGAACGGCAGUCCAGUCCUCCCUGCCUAUGAAGCAUUGCCGAGCUUCAAGGAUGUCUCGAGCUCUGAGAGGCAGAUCUUAUUUAUCAAAAAGUUGAAUUUGUGUCGUGUUGUUUUUGACUUCAUAGACACAACAACGAAGAAUUUGAAAGAAGAGAGCAUAAAACGACAGACUCUACAAGAUCUUGCUGACUAUGUUACAUCAGCCAAUGCAAAGUUUCCAGAGAGUGUUAUCCAAGAGAUCAUCAAGAUGGUUUCCAUAAACUUGUUUAGGACCUUCAUUUCCCUGCCGAAUGAGUACAAGGCUUUGCAAGCUUUUGACUUGGAGGACGAUCAACCUGUAAUGGACCCUGCAUGGCCACACUUGCAUCUUGUUUAUGACUUCUUUUUAAGGUUCAUUCAAUCUCCUGAGACAGAUGCAAAGGUGGCAAAAAGAUAUAUUGAUCAUUCCUUUGUUCUUAAGCUGCUUGAUCUCUUUGAUUCAGAAGACAGUCGAGAGAGGGAAUAUCUAAAGACCAUUCUUCACCGUAUCUAUGGAAAAUUUAUGGUUCACCGGCCAUUUAUAAGGAAAUCCAUUAAUAACAUCUUCUAUCGGUUUAUCUUUGAAACAGAAAAGCACAAUGGGAUUGCAGAGUUAUUGGAGGUAUUGGGAAGUGUUAUUAAUGGGUUUGCAUUGCCUUUGAAGGAGGAACAUAAAUUGUUCCUUGUUCGGGCAUUAAUCCCACUUCAUAAGCCAAAAUGCAUGGGCAUGUACCAUAAGCAGUUAUUAUACUGCAUAACUCAAUUUAUUGACAAAGAUUGCAAACUUGCAGAUAUUGUCAUAAGGGGCUUGUUGAAAUUUUGGCCCGUUACUAAUAGUUCAAAGGAAGUAAUGUUUUUAGGAGAGUUGGAAGAGGUCUUGGAUGCAACUCAGCCUGCAGAGUUUCAGCGAUGUAUGGUGCCACUGUUCCAUCAGGUAGCCCGCUGCUUGAGUAGUUCUCAUUUUCAGGUAAGUGGUGUUUCUCUGUGUUAUAGCUUUAGAAUUUUAAAUGAACUGGUUUACUGUCGACUGAGCACAUUUUUCGUGUCGAAUGUCUUCUGUUUUACUUUAAAUGCACGCUUUGCUGGGAGCACUGUUGACCUCCUUGUUUGGUUCAUCAACAUGUAA